GAAUCCCUUCUGUGGCCUCCAGUGACAUUCACCAACUCAGCAGGAAGGUUAUCCAACCAUCUCAAGGUUUUCUUGUAGAAAAGGGCUGUGUUGCCCAGUGGGCAGCAGCCUUUGUCAACCAGGAAGAAUGAGAAGGAAUGUACCCCUUUAUCAGAUGGUUCUCUUUGUGGUUGCUACAAUGGGAUAUCCCUCCAGACGCUCUGCUGUAGAUUUGGAUGCCACACCCCGAAUGACAAUUGUCUAUAACGAUUUGACCACUGCAAGACGUUUUAGCAGCCAUGCCCAGAACUACACCACCCUCCUGCUAGAGGAUGAGAAGGGAAUUCUUUAUGUUGGGGCCAGGGGGGCCAUAUUCUCCUUAAAUUCCAGCAACGUUUCUGAUGGCUCCCAUCGGACAAUUGAUUGGGAAGCCUCUCCUGAGAAGCGGGGAGACUGCCUGAAAAAGGGCAGAAACAACAAGACAGAGUGUUACAACCAUGUCAAGCUUUUGCAACGGCUGAACACAACCCACCUGUAUGCCUGUGGCACAUAUGCCUUCCACCCGCUCUGCACAUACAUUGAUACCAACAAGUUCACACUGCCCUCUCACUUUGAGGAAGGAAAGGAAAAAUGCCCUUACGACCCUGCCCGGGGCUACACAGGUCUCAUUGUGGAUGGCAGUUUAUAUACGGCAACACGCUACGAAUUCCGUAGUCUGCCAGACAUCCGACGCAACAGGCACCAGCGGAUUCUGAAGACUGAAGAAUCCCCCUUGCAUUGGUUGAAUGAUGCUGAGUUUGUGGCCUCUGUGCUGGUCAGGGAGAGUGUACGCAACCCUGUGGGCGAUGAUGACAAGAUCUACUACUUCUUCACCGAGAGAGCAGGAGAGCAGAGCACUUCUGUAUUUGACAAGGCACAAGUGCCCAGAGUAGCCAGGGUGGCUCGAGUGUGCAAGAAUGAUAUUGGUGGCAAGAAGAUUCUCCAGAGGAAAUGGACAUCCUUCAUGAAAGCAAGGUUGGCAUGCUAUGUUCCUUACUAUGAGGUGCUGAAGGAUGUUUUCAGUCUGGAUGGUGGCGACUGGAGGAGCACCGUCUUCUAUGCAACAUUCACUUUAUCAGCACAGUGGAGGAGCAUGGAGGUGUCUGCCAUCUGCCGAUACAACAUCUCUGAAGUGCGGGCAGCCUUCGAAGGGACUUACAUGGAGUAUCAGGACUCCUCCCACAAGUGGUCCCAGUACACCGGGGAGGUGCCAGUGCCCCGGCCAGGAUCAUGUAUCACCAAUCGGGCUCGCAAGAAUGGCUACAACACCUCCCAGGACCUGCCCAAUGGUGUGCUGGAUUUUGUCAAGCUCCAUCCACUGAUGUAUGAAGAGGUGAACCCUGCGGAUGGAGUCCCCCUAUUGGUGAAGAAAAAUGCUGUUUAUACCCAAGUAGCUGUAGACAGAGUCCAAGCCCUGGAUGGGCGAGUGUAUGACAUUCUCUUCUUGGGAACAGGUAAUGGCUGGAUUCACAAGGCUGUGGUCAUUGGUUCCAUGGUCCACAUCAUCGAGGAGAUCCAGGUCUUCAAAGCCCCCCAGCCUGUGGAGAACCUUGUCAUCUCUAAAAAGCAGAGGAGUCUGUAUGUGGGGGCUCAGAGUGGAAUCCUGCAGUUACCAUUUUCCUCCUGCAAACGCUAUGUCUCCUGCUUUGAUUGUAUCCUUGCCCGGGACCCAUACUGUGGCUGGGAUGGGGAGACCUGCAGAGUAGUAGUCGAGAUGCUGGACAGGAGUCUGCUGAUCCAGGACAUUGUGCAUGGCAAUGUGGGCUGCUCGAACGACUCUGCCCAGGCCACACCCAUGCAGAAGAACCGGACAGUGCUGUGUGGUGAUGACGUACUCCUGCCUUGCGAGCAGAUGUCCAACUUGGCCCAGGCGACCUGGCUGGUGAACGGCACCAAAGUGCUGGCGGAGGACGGACAAGGCCGCUUCCGCCUUGGGGUGGAUGGGCUGCUGGUGACAGACACCCAGCUGGAGCAUAGCGGGGAAUACCGCUGCUACGCGGAGGAGAACGGCCUCCAGGCCCUGGUGGCUGCUUACACCCUGAACGUGCUCCCUGAGCAGCGAGUGCCACAGCAGGCAUCCACCGUGUCGCACCCGUACUGGCACGCCGCCAGUGCCACUUAUGGGGACGUGAGGUUCAUCUACAUUGCCGUCAUCACACUGCUGGGGGGGCUGUGCCUGGUGCUUAGCGUUGUUCUGCUCUAUGUCUCCUGCCUGCAGAAGCGCAGGGGCAAGUACAGCCUGGGGGUCCCCCAGGCGCCCAGCGUGGAGCUGCAGACGGUCUCCUCCAAUUGCCUGGGCAAAGGAGGAGAGGAGGACGAGGAGGAGGACCCGGGCACCUACCUGGAUGGCUGCCUGCAAAUCAUCCCCGGGGAAGCACCCACUGUGCCAUCGCCCUCCAAGGAAACGCUCCCCAUCCCACCACCGCCCCCUCCUCCGCUCCCUGCCGAGUUCACCAACGGCAUCACCACUUUGCCCAGCAUGCUGCGCAAGAUGAAUGGAAACAGCUACAUGCUCCUGCGGCAGAAUGAGGAGCCGUGCACCUCUCCACUCUACAACUCCUUCACGGAGGAGCUGAGCAAGAUCCUGGAGAAGCGGAAACACACGCAGCUGGUAGAAAAGCUGGACGAGAGCUCCGUGUAGGGCAGGGUGGAGGGCACAGGGAGCCCACUUUGCUGUGAACUAAACCCCCUAACUGCCCUCUGUGAUUCCUCCUCCCCAGCCCAGCAGAGAAACAGUGUUACGACUCAGCAACUACCUCCGGCCGGCCCUCCGGAGCAGCCACAGGCUCCAUGCUCAUUUCCUUCUCUCUCUCCCUCUCUUUUUGGUUGUUGUUUUUUUCGUUGGCGUUGAUGGUUUGUUUUCCAACUGCUGUAAAAAAAGAUCUUAUUUAAAUGGAAUUAUAUUUAUAUAUAAAAACAAUGAUUGAUAAACAGGA